AUGAGUUUGCGUAGACAGGAUUCAAUUGGGUCGAAUAUUCGUUUCAAGGACCAAAAUCUUAUUCGUAAUUCCUUUCCAAAUUUCGAGCAGAUCCGACGUAAAGGGAAACUUUGUGAUGUUACUUUAAUAGUUGAUCAACAAAAGUACUCUGCCCAUAAAAUUGUAUUAGCGGCCACGAUUCCUUUCUUUGAUGCUAUGUUUUUGAGUGGAAUGAGCGAAGCUACAAAACGUGAAAUUACCAUCAAAGGCAUUGACCCACCUGUAUUGGAAGCAUUCAUUACUUUUGCUUAUACCGGAGAAAUUCAAAUUACUCCAGGGAAUGUACAGGCAACUCUGAUAGGGGCCAGUUUCCUAAAUAUCGACAGCGUUCGGAAUUUCUGCUGUCGUUACAUUGAGGAAAGGCUCACCCUGGAGAACCUGUUACAAGUCCGCAGUUUUGCCUCCAGCUUCCUCUGCUCAAAUCUCAUCUCCGCCUGCGACCGUAUCAUUCAUGAGAACUUUGAGCAUCUCGUCACAUUACCCGCCUUCUUUGCUGCCCUUACUGGGCCCGAGUUUUGUAAGCUCCUUGAGAGUGACGAUUUGCAAGUGAGCAACGAGGAGCGCGUCUUCCACUCUAUCAUCGCUUGGUGUGAGCACCAGCCCUCCCCCUCUUUCGGCACUGACAGUCCCAAAUUGAGUCGCUCUCUUCAGCUCAAGUAUCUCCCCGACCUUCUCGCUCGUGUCCGAUUGCCGCUCCUCUCCGCCCAGUUCAUUCGUGACGUAGUCUCCAAGAAUCCUCACGUCCGAGCGGACAUGGUGUGCCGAGAUUUGUUGGACGAGGCGCGCGAUCUCCUUCUCAUGCCUGACUCUCUCUCUCCCUCCACGUGCUCUUUUGUGUGUCGCCCGCGCCGCGGACAGGAGGUGGCUGGGGUGAUUUACGCGGUGGGGGGAUACUCUGCUGAGGGAGAUUGCCAGAGCAUCGUGGAGGCGUAUAAUCCAUUGGUGGAUAGGUGGGAGGUAGUGGAAAGCAUGUCCACGGAAAGGAGUCGCAUUGCUGUGGUCGCAUUGAAGGCUGUCUAUUUCGUGCGUGAUCAUGUGAUUGCCAAAUGCCAAGGUAAGCCACUGGGCUUGCAGAAAAAAUUCGGGGCUUUGCACACGUGUGGCACUGAUAAUGAUUGCGUCAAGGUGGACGAACUCAUCUCUACCAUCCUAUCCGUUUCUCUAGGCUGUCUCUACGCUAUCGGUGGGCUGGAUGGGAGUUCACGUCUGAACACCGUGGAGAAGUUUGAUCCAAAGACGGGUGUCUGGCAGCGAGUGGCCUCUAUGAACUACCGACGAAGCGCCCUCGGCGCCGCCGUGCUCAACGGUCGAAUUUACGUCUGUGGUGGCUACGACGGGAUUUCUUCGCUUCGCACUUGUGAGGUCUACAAUCCAGAGCAAAAUCGGUUGGUUUUGGACGAUUUAAAAGAAGUGGUAAAAAAAUGGAUCUGCUUGAAGUCUUUGAUCAGAAAAAUAAUCUUUAUCGCUUCAUCAAUCCUGUGCGUUCGCUACGUUGGGAAUUCAAGUCCAAAUGGACACACAACACACGUUAAAUUUUCAAACUACAAAUGCUUAUGGUGGCAGGUUAUUCCCAGCAUGACAGAAUGUCGUUCUGCUGGUGGUGUGGUAGCCCUUGAAGAUGGCCGUCUCUUCGCCAUUGGAGGUCACAGCGGUCUGCCAAUCUUCGCCUCAGUGGAGUGUUACCACCGUCGCGGCCACCAAACGCCUCUUGCCUCCACCAUUUCCACCCCCACUGCCACCCCUUUCACCCCUGGCAGUCGUCGGGUUUGGUGCCAAGUAGCUCCUAUGCUUCAUCGUCGCUGUCGUCACGGCGUUGCCGUCCUUCGUGGACGCAUAUUCGCUGCAGGUGGUUAUAAUGGAUGCCAUUUUUUGCGUUCCGUGGAGGUAUACGAUCCCGCUUCCAUCACAACCACCGGUAUCGGCAACGGAGAGCCUGGAUUGGGUCAGUGGACUGAAGUGGCUUCUUUAGCGACCCCGAGGUCACGGGUCGCUUUGGCGGCUUCUGGUGGACGGCUAUAUGCCAUCGGUGGAUUUGACGGUGAGCAAAAUCUGAGCUCCGUCGAGUGUUUUCAACGCUGCGAGAGUUCCUCCUCUCACCGUUACUACCUUCACCGUCGCCAGCACAUUCGUCUCACCGGAGACGAGGACGGAGACGACGAUGGAAGGGUGUCCGUAAUUGUGAUCGAAGAGAAUGAUAAUGAGACAGGAGGGACGAGCAACGAACAGCAUCCCAUCGCAGUCACUCCCUCCACAUCCCACACCAUCCUAUCCCCUUUAGAUCUUCGCCAACACAACCCUCACCAUCACAGCCAGCAUUGUCGGGGACGGAGUCGUAGUCUCCGUGGUCGUCAUCUUCGACAUUGUAAGUCGAGGGAUGACGAGGACCUGGAGGAGUGGCUAGAAGAGGGCCCGCGUAGCCUCUUGGUGCCUCGGGUUGGAAUGCCCUUCCAAGCAGAAUUGACCUCUGUUACUGCUCCUCCGGGUACUACAGCUGUUACUCACAGUGAUGAAGGUUCGAUGGAUUUACCCACUGUCACGACUGAAGGUCUCGAUUCAACUGAGAGUUUGAUCGAAUUGCUCACCUUCCAGUCAUCAACAAGCAGCCCUGGCGAAUUGGGUCCGCAUACUUCGCCACCAUCCCAGCCACCGCCACCACCAUCGCAUCCCUCCUCCCCCAAUGAAGUGUUGACUCCAGAGGACAACGUCUUUGCGGACUGGCAGUGGCUACCCGCAAUGCCGCUGAUAGCUCAUGAGGGUGGUGUCACAGCUGCCGCAAGUCAUCCAUUCAUACAAACAUUCAACCAGUGCGAAGAACGUCCGCUUGAUAGACGCACAACUGACCUAUCUCGCAGCAAAGUUGUGCAUUAUGUCUUUGUGAAGGCUAUUCGUCACUGGGAUCGCACAUGCGUGAAGCUCCGAUACUCCAACCUGGGUUUGAGGGUCACACAUAUGCGACAUUUCAUUAAAGUGGAGUGGAGCAGGUUUAAAAGUCCGCGAUUCAUCUUUUCGGAUUUAUCACAGAUUUAUGACACAGCCUAG